AUGCCACAGAAUUCUGGAGCCGGACAUAGCUGCAUCCUUAAGGACUCCAGCAUGCCGGAUAGCGGAGAGAUCACACAGGAGAGCCUGCAAGGCAUGAGUGUGAGGACCACCCAGGACAAUUUGGGAACCAGCUCCCUGACAGACAGGCAGACGCUCUCCAGAGAGUCGCUAAGCCAUGAUCUUGAGUUCUCCACCCAUAAGAAGACCAAGCAUGCCCAGCUGGACUGUCCAGAAGAAGCACUAUGGACGACUCGGGCUGAUGGGCGAGUCCGCUUGCGCUUGGACCCCUGCUGCCCACAGCUUCCCUACACCGUGCACCGGAUGUUCUAUGAGGCCCUGGACAAAUAUGGGGACCUCAAUGCUCUGGGUUUCAAGCGCCAGGGCAAGUGGGAGCACGUCUCCUACUCUCAGUACUACCUGAUUGCCCGCAAAGUCGCCAAGGGCUUCCUGAAGCUUGGCUUGGAGCGAGCCCACAGCGUGGCCAUUCUCGGCUUCAACUCCCCAGAGUGGUUCUUCUCUGCAGUGGGCACAGUAUUUGCAGGUGGCAUUGUCACCGGCAUCUACACGACCAGCUCUCCUGAGGCCUGCCAAUAUAUCGCCCGUGACUGCCGCGCCAACAUCAUUGUGGUCGACACACAGAAGCAGCUGGAGAAGAUCCUGAAGAUCUGGAAAAAUUUGCCACAUCUGAAGGCAGUAGUGAUAUACGGAGAAUCUCCUUCAAAGAAGAUAACCAAUGUGUAUACGAUGGAAGAAUUCAUGGAGCUGGGGCAUGAGAUAUCCGAAGAGACCCUGGACACCAUCAUCGAUGCUCAGCAGCCCAACCAGUGCUGCGUACUAGUGUACACGUCGGGCACCACUGGGAACCCCAAGGGCGUGAUGCUGAGUCAGGACAAUAUCACGUGGACAGCACGAUUUGGCAGCCAGGCUGGUGACAUCCAGCCAGCAGAAGUCCAGCAAGAGGUGGUGGUCAGCUACCUGCCCCUCAGCCACAUUGCUGCCCAGAUCUAUGACUUGUGGACGGGCAUCCAGUGGGGAGCGCAGGUCUGCUUUGCUGAGCCCGAUGCCCUGAAGGGGAGUCUGGUGAACACACUGCGGGAAGUGGAGCCCACCUCCCACAUGGGUGUGCCGCGCGUGUGGGAGAAGAUCAUGGAAAAGAUCCAAGAGGUGGCGGCUCAGUCCGGCUUCAUCCGUCGUAAGAUGCUGCUGUGGGCCAUGUCGGUGACCUUAGAGCAGAACCUCACCUGCCCUACCAGUGACCUGAAGCCCUUCACAACCAGACUGGCAGAUUACCUGGUGCUAGCCAAGGUCCGUCAGACACUGGGCUUUGCCAAGUGUCAGAAGAGCUUCUACGGGGCUGCCCCCAUGACUGCAGAGACACAGCGCUUCUUCCUGGGCCUCAACAUCCGCUUAUAUGCGGGUUAUGGCCUCAGUGAGACCACAGGCCCCCACUUCAUGUCCAGCCCCUACACCUACCGGCUAUAUAGCUCAGGUAAGGUGGUGCCAGGCUGCAGGGUGAAGCUGGUGAAUGAGGACACUGAGGGCAUUGGAGAGAUCUGCCUGUGGGGCCGCACCAUCUUCAUGGGCUACCUGAACAUGGAGGACAAGACGUGUGAGGCCAUAGACUCUGAGGGCUGGCUGCACACAGGUGACACUGGCCGCCUGGACACCGAUGGCUUCCUCUACAUCACUGGGCGCCUCAAAGAAUUGAUCGUCACUGCCGGAGGGGAGAAUGUACCCCCUGUGCCUAUUGAGGAGGCUGUGAAAAUGGAGCUGCCCAUCAUCAGCAAUGCCAUGCUGAUCGGGGACCAGAGGAAGUUCCUGUCCAUGCUGCUCACCUUGAAGUGCACCCUGGACCCAGACACCUCUGACCCAACUGAUAAUCUGACUGAACAAGCUGUGGAGUUCUGCCAGAGGGUGGGCAGCAGAGCCAGCACCGUGUCUGAAAUCGUGGGGAAGAAGGACGAAGCUGUGUAUCAGGCCAUUGAAGAGGGGAUCCAGAGGGUCAAUGCCAAUGCAGCAGCCCGGCCCUACCAUAUCCAGAAGUGGGCCAUUCUCGAGAGGGACUUUUCCAUUUCAGGAGGAGAGUUGGGUCCCACCAUGAAAUUAAAACGGCUCAUAGUUCUGGAGAAGUACAAAGAUAUUAUCGAUUCCUUUUACCAAGCACAAAAAAAGUAAUCAGGAGUCAUCCCUGUGGUUUCUACUGAAUAGAUGGCAGGCUUUUCCAGCAUUCUCCUGAGCUCUAGAUUCUCUUCAAUCUGGGCCUGGGAACUGUCAAAAUCUAUUAUCUCAAGGUCAGGGUAUGGCACUUUCAUCUAC